AUGGCUCAUUUAUGUUACAUUCUAGACGCAUCGUGUCUUGAAAAAGGUAUUGGAAAUGUCAAAAGAUGGUGUGAGCCGGACCAGGCUCGUAAAAUCUCGCGGUUGAGCCUGUAUAUUCCAACAUUUACUCUACAAGAAUUGGACUUUCUCAAGUAUCGCAGAAAUAGCUACACGGCCAAGGAGGCCCUGCGAUUCAUCGACCGCGCUGAUUUUCCCGAGAGUGUGGAUCUGCUGAUCGAGUUCCCCGAACUGUUGGAUACAAUUCUGUGGUCCGAUGUACUCGAACGUCAAGUGGCAGAAGUGACUGAUUUUGAUUUGAGGCCUAACACUUCUCGUUCGCUACCUCGCCGUUUGAGAAAUUUACUCAAAAGCUGUACGUAUAAGUGCCAUUUAGAGGGCAGUAACGACCAGGUCUGGACUUUAAUCACCGAAGACCCCCAGGUUCGUAAUUUGGCCGAUGCUUUUGCCAUCCCACACUGCUCACUGGUGUCUGCGGACCAAGAAAUUUGCAAGAACCUCGACAAGCGGGCAUUUCAGCAGAACGUCAAAUUCAGCGACUAUCUUAAGAAGAAAAGUGUGAAAGACACGUCCAAUGGCAAAGAAGUGUACCGCGCUAAGUUUGACCAAGCCAUGUACGCGACUCGCGGCCCGGGCGACCUUUGGUCACCUUAG